CAAAAGUGCAGAGAUAGUGCGAGUCCGUGAGAAUAAGUGAGAUACAACAGUUUUCCAAUCUUUCUUCCCGUCUUCUGUUUUUAUUUUUACCACUUUGCUGGUUGAAAAUCUACUCCGUAAGAUGGGUUAUCCCGACUAGGGUUCCCAGAGCUUCGAUUAUCAUAUUGGGAGUAUUUCCAGAAGUCCACACAGCUCACAGAUGUAGGUUGCCGCAGAGUUGAGCUCAAAAUUGCAAGGAGUCAUAACGAAACACCUCAGCGGCUUCUCCAUGGCCUUUCUAUUUAACAAAUUUCAAGAGGCUGUCAAGGUGCUUGCUAAAAGCCCCACAGUUUCAAGAGAUCCUAGGCAUUUUCAGUUCCAGUCGGAUAUCAAUCGCCUUUUCCUAUAUACUUGAUGACAAAGGUCAAGCUUCAACAUGCCCCACUGCCAGUCUGCCACUCUUAUGUUCUAAGACUCUUAAUCGUGUCUAUCAUUACUCAUAUUGUUUUAUAUUCGAUCAGUCCCUCCCCCAAAAGAGUCAUGGUUCAUAUACAUUUUUAUCCCAAGAAAGAGUCUUGUUUGAUAAACAAAGCGUAUUUCUCAUGUAUGCUGGCAUGUGUGGAGUGAAGAAUUGAUGACUCAAAUUCAUAGGUUCUACAUUUUAUGCUCUCACUUCUCAUCAUAAUACCUUAUUUUCAGCCAUCACCGUCUGGGGAAGGGUGCUGAUGAAAAAGAUGUAGAAGAGAUAAUUGAUAUGGCUAGCAACGCCCCACUAGUUGAUCAGCAAAAGCAGGUUCAAGAAAAUGUGCAUUCUCAAAUUAAAACCUUUUGUACCUGUAUGGAUGAAUUACUAUUGCCUGAUGUAAAGAGCCAUGUUGAGCCUCACUCACCUUCUGAAUCUAGUAGCCCUCCUCGUCGUGGAGGUCUUAGUCUUGCUGUUGGUGGAAGUUCUCCAUUGAAUAAUUGCUCUGUGCAGCUGUUCCUCAAACCAAGGGUCUAAAGCGUGCAGAGGUUUCUCAGAGCUUGAGGGAGCUAAUUGGCUACACUCUCGAAGUAAAACCAUCUCAAAUUCUUCAUGAAAAUGCUGGCCAAGGUUUAUUUUUGAAUGGGGAAGCUGAUCUCGGUGCUGUUAUAGCAUUUUAUCCUGGUGUGGUCUACUCUCCUGCAUAUUACCGUUACAUCCCCGGAUAUCCAAGAGUCGAUGCUCAUAAUCCGUACUUGAUCAGCAGGUAUGAUGGGGCAGUGAUCAAUGCAAAGCCUUGGGGUGCUGGUGGUGAAGCUCGUGAAAUGUGGGAUGGAUCACAGACAAUGUCUCCUCCUGUUAAAGAUGAAACUGGGUCUGACCGAAUCUGGGCAAUGCUUAGUAAACCCUUGGAUGCCUCAAGAGGCUCGGGACAUAAAGUAGGCGAAGUGUUGGAGAGGAGAAACCCGUUGGCUUUUGCACAUUUCGCUAAUCACCCCGCAAAGGACAUGGCCCCAAAUGUCAUGAUCUGUUCCUAUGAUUUUCCCCUUAGUGCUGAAAAUGAGGACUUGCGACCUUACAUUCCGAAUGUCUGUUUUGGAAAUGGGGAGGUGAAGAUGAAGAAAGUAGGCAGCUUCUGGUUUAAAUCUUGGAAAUCAAGUGGUAGUGGGGCAGAUCUAGCCACCCCAAUCCUUAAGUCUCUUGUUCUUGUUGCUACUAGACCUAUUUGUGAUGAGGAAGUGCUAUUGAAUUACAGAUUGAGCAACUCAAAAAACCAAAGGCCUUCUUGGUAUGUCCCGGUUGAUGAGGAAGAGGAUGAAAGAAGGUGGAGUUGAGGCAAGUACAAAAAUCUGUCCCAGCUUUGAAAGAUUGGGAUGAAAAACGCGGCGGCAGUGAUGUACUGAUGUGUUGUUUUUUAAUGGACGUUUUAUCUAAACUUGAAUGCAUACUAAGCAGCUCUUUGAGGUUGAAUAUUUUUAAAACAUAAAGUAUUUAACUUUUCAUUAUGGCAAUAAAUACCACCGUAGAAAUACGGGCUGCGCUCAAUAUAUAAAAACUACUACCUCCGUCUCAAAUUGAUCU